AUGGCAGAAACGAUAGAUGAGUCAAACAGGGACUCCCGCGCUCAGGCGGCGAUGAAGAACCGCUGGACAUCGCUAUUACACAACCCCAAACUGAUGGUCAUUGCUCUCUUUGCCUCGGUUGGCGGAUUCGAGUAUGGAUACCAACAGGGAGUCUUAGGCCAAUCCCUUGUUAUGACUCGCUUCACAGACAACUUUCCUACUGUUGUUGCAUCCUCUAGCGCGACCGGCUGGCUCACAUCGAUUCUACAACUAGGUGGUAUUCUAGGAUCACUCUCCGCAGGAAUUCUGGGUGAGAUAUUCUCCCGGAAGUAUACCAUGUUUUCAGCCUGUUGUUGGGUGGUCCUUGGGAGCUAUCUCUAUUGCGGAGCCAGCUACCACAAGCCAGGUUUACUAUAUGCUGGCAGGUUCUUUACCGGUCUCGGAGUUGGUACUUUCAGUGGUGUUGGUCCCCUCUAUAACGCUGAGUUAUCAUCACCUGAGCUUCGAGGAUUCUUGGUAUCAUUUUACCAAUUUGCUACCAUUUUCGGUAUUAUGUUGUCCUUUUGGAUAGGAUAUGGAAGCAACAAUAUUGGUGGAAUUGGAGAAACACAAACCGAUAUGGCCUGGCGCCUCCCCUCUAUCAUCCAGGGCAUUCCAGCUGUGCUUCUCGCAUGUGGAAUCUGGUGGUUGCCAUUCUCUCCUCGCUGGCUUGUCAAAAAGGGUAGAGUUCAGGAGGCACUUACUACCCUGUCCUACCUACGCAACCUACCCGAGGAUCAUGAGCUCAUUCAGUCUGAGCUUAAGGAGAUCGAGGCAGAGAGUCUCUUCGAGAAGCGAUCCUUUGCAAAAACAUUCCCGAACCUAGCUGCCAAGGAGGAAGGAAGUGUAUUGGUUCGCGAGUUCGCCCAGUAUUAUCAAAUCUUCCGGACCUGGGACAACUUCAAGCGGGUCUCGAUCGCGUGGCUUGUCAUGUUCUUCCAGCAAUGGAGUGGUAUUGAUGCAAUUAUCUACUACGCCAGUACUGUGUUCCAAAGCUUAGGUCUGACUGGAGGCACUCAAGCCCUGCUAGCCACUGGAGUCACAGGAGUGGUGUUCUUUGUAUGCACUCUCCCAGCCAUGCCUCUCAUCGAUAGAGUUGGUCGAAAGCCCAUGCUUUACGCCGGUUCAGCCGUCAUGUGGAUUUCGAUGGUCCUGGUUGGCAUCAUCGUCGCCAAGUUUGGAAACGACUUUGAAAAUCAUUCAAACGCCGGGUGGGCUGCAGUGGCUUUCAUCUGGAUCUAUGUCGGCGCAUUUGGUGCUACAUGGGGUCCAGUAUCAUGGACACUUGUAGCAGAGAUAUUCCCCCUAUCUAUUCGUUCCAAGGGCUCAUCUUUUGGAGCUUCAAGCAAUUGGCUCAACAACUUCGCUGUCGCUUUCUUCGUUCCACCUAUGUUCCAGACUUGGAAGUGGGGCACUUAUAUUUUCUUUGCCGUCUUCCUUGCUGCUAGCAUUGUCUGGAUUUAUUUCUUUCUUCCAGAAACCAAGGGUGUGACAUUGGAAGAGAUGGAUCGUGUAUUCAAAAGUCACUCAGGAGAGACGGACAUGCUUAUGUUAGAUGAGGCACGUCGGGAUGUCGCGAUAGCGCACAUUUCCGCGCUGGAAGUCGAGAAAGAGAUUAGUACUCACGCGGAAGAGCGUGGCUCGUUGAAAGACUAG